GCUAGCCUACACAGAUCUAACUUUUAUAAUUAAUUUGCUGAAUUUGAAGAUUAUUUCAGUGAAGAUUCAGUCAACAAAAAUAGAGAGAGCGAAAGAAGGAAAUAAUUUCAUAUGUAUUUAUAAACACAAACCUUUCUGCCACAUCAACGCAGUGACACAGAUCCUUUAAAAGGUUUUCUGGAUGAAAUCCUCAAACUAGUUUGCUUCAUCUGAACAAAACAGAAGCGACAACCCCCGAAUGUGUGAAAAGAAGUGUAAUUUACCAAGCCCUUCCUACACAGGCUUCGGACAGAGGAAGGAAGUCAGCUCUUUUUCAGAUUCACUGAUGAUCACAACAAUAAAAUGGCUGAGGCUGAUAGAGUAGUGUACUCUGAUGUCCAGUUCACAAAAGCUAAGAAGAAUGCCAAUGAGACUGUUUCCUCACCGACUGAAGCCACAUACUCUGAAGUCAGGAUCUCCAAGACUCAUCCAUCCACAGAACUGCCUGAGACAGUUUCCUCACCGACUGAAACCACAUACUCUGAAAUCAGGAUCUCCAAGACUCACCCAUCCACAGAACUGCCUGGUUCCCAACAACAAGCAGCUUCAAAUAGGGGGUCAAAGGUCACAUUAAAGAGAGUGGCCGUGGCAGUUCUCGGCGCUCUCCUGGUUGCUACGGUCAUUGCUCUUGGUGUAACCUAUUAUAAAAACAGUCUGACAGACAAGUAUGAAGCUAGGAAUAAUCUCACAGACGGGCGAUAUCUGAAAUGUGAAGAAGGCUGGGAGCGAAAUGGAACACAGUGCUAUUAUUUCUCCACCAAUAAUUUAACCUGGAGUGACAGCAGAGAUGAAUGCAGACAGCGUGGAGGAGAUCUGGUGAAGAUAGACAGCGUGGAGGAGCAGUCUUUCCUGCAGCACAAACUGAAAGAAAAGAUGAUUUAUCCCGAGGACAAGCACUGGAUCGGACUGACAGACUCAAAGACAGAGGGCACAUGGUUGUGGACAGACGACUCACCACUGAACGAGAGUUUGACAUUUUGGAGGUACAAUCAGCCAGACAACUGGAGAAGGGAAGAUCCUGAUGGAGAGGACUGUGUGAGGAUGGGAGAGAAAGGAGGAUCAGACCUGAAGAAUUGGUUUGAUAAAUCCUGCAAAGUGCCUCACAAAAGUAUUUGUGAGAAGUGUGUCUCAUAAUUCUACUUAAAUCUCGCUCAGGUCAUUAAAUAAUCUCAGUACAGGAUACAGAAUGUGGAGUAAAAUGCAGUUUGUUGAAUGUGUUUGACGAUUAAUGAAGAGAGCAGAUUAACCAGUGGUGGAGGAAGUAUUCAGACCCUUUAAAGAAAUACUCUGUUAUGAAGUCCUGUCUAAGUAUUCAAAGUAAACGCAGGUCAUUAUUGUAUAUUGCUUCAUACAUAUUGUUUCAUUUCACUGAUUUUCUGAUCUUCAUAUCUGGUUUGUUUGGUCGUUUCUUCUUUUAUUGAUACUGUGUGACUUUAAAUUGUUUGUUUGUUUUUAUCGUUAUUGUUUUUGUGUGAACCCCAGGAAGACUGGCAGCUAUUUUGUGGAAACUAAUGAGGAUCCAAAUACAGAAUAAAGCAUAAAGAAUAGAA